CUAAAUAAAAAAAUAACCGAGAUCUUCAUUAUCCUCAAUAAUUUUUGAAAACAAUUUAACUACAAAUUAAAAUGGCCCGUAAUGUGGCUGAAACGGCAAGAAAAUUCCUUUUAAUGGGACAAUGCGUCCCGUCUGUUAAACAAAAUGCAGCUAAAAUUAGAGUGAAGAGGUUAGAAUUGGAUGAAAACUUACUCAUGUAUUUCAGUAAAGACGAAUUCUACUAUUGCCAUGAUCCUGUGAAGAAAUGUAAAACUGGAGACAUAGUUUUAAUCCAAGCAUUGCCUCAAAAUCUGACUAAACUUAUUACCCAUGAAGUAAAGGAGGUUGUUUAUCCAUUUGGCGAUGUAACCGAUCCAGUAACAGGCAAGAAAGUGGCUAAGGAAAAAUACAGAGAAGAUAUUGACAGAGAAGCGGAGCUGUAUGGAAAACUGAAGUCUACAUUUGAUUAUAAGAACGCACCUCCAAGAGGCUGGCAAGAUAAUAAAAAAGACUUUUCUUCUAAACCUACUUACACGAAGUUCCAUGUAUUUGAUGAAAAUGAUCCGUAUGCUAUUUAAGUAGUUUGCGUUUAGUUAUUUUAUAGUUUUCAUAGGUAAAUAAAAUGAUGUAGAUAUUAUAA